AUGAGCUCCGCCGCUCCAGUGUCGUUCAAGGCUUACCAGCCGUACGCCCCCGAGGGUACGACCUCAACAUCUGACACGGAACCAUUCCCAGCUUCAAUAGACUUUAGGCGACGUUCAUACAUCACGACUUCGUCAUCCAACACAGAUUUACCGACAUUGCGAAUUCAGCACGAUGAGGGACACCACGUAAAACAACAGCCCCCUAAGCUACAUAUAAACACCGGCAGCAAUUCACUAGUUCCCUCAGGCUCAAGGCCUCGUGCUGUCUCAUGGAGCCCUGGCAUGAGCCCAGAAGUCGACAAAGCCGGUCACGAUGCUCUUAGCUUUCUGAAUGCUCACGUCUCCGAGUUCCGAGAACGUCCCCGGUCUGGGUCAGAGCUGCCCAAGACGAUAACACGCAAGGAACAAGUUCAAACAAAGCCCCAAUCGACCGCGGUGCCAUUGAGCUUGGUUCCUGGAUUCAAUACCCCGCCUCAGAGCCUAGCUAUUGGCCAUGGGGCUCGCGAACGGGCACAUUCGACAACUUCAUCAACGGACGGAACCCGUGACCACAAGGACGAAACUGCUCCCUCAGAUCUGCAAUCUUUACUAAUCGCCGAACUGGAGGGAGAAGUUGGCGUCGCCUUGAGUCGCCCUUCGUCCGAAAAGAACUUUGUGGCAUGGCCUGGACCGGCGCCCUCUAGUCUUGGAGUGACAAGCUCCAAAGACCACAGGAAGAGCUGGAGCUACUACCAGUCAAUCCCAACCGACUCUACGCCGGAACAGACUGUGGACAAGGCCUAUUUUCCUUAUUCCAGUGCGACACAGGCACCGUCAAUGGCGGCUUCGACAAAGACCUUCCAACCUUUCAAGCCUGCCCAGCCCCAGAUAGCCCACCCACCCAGCAUGAUACCCGGGCUUGGAGGUCUGAACACUGGGGCUUUCAAUCAGACCAACUAUAGAUACUCGAUGCCCGCAGGCGGCAUCACGGUCCAGUCCAACAACAGCAUGCCCUCCUUAUUGGGCCUCGAAGGCUUCGAAGCCUCGUCAGUUUCCCAGCAUCUUCCCCCCGAGCGACCAACAGCACCACACCGCCGUGUUCCCUCAUUUCAAAAGUCCACACCUCCCGUUUCGAAACCUGCAACACCCGAGAGCUUUCCGUCAAGCGGGCAUGGGUCGCCAUUCGCCAGGCCAAUGCAGCAACAGCAGCCACCGGAGGUCGAGGUCGAGCCGCCUUCCGCUAUCGAGCCCGAGGCCCGUAUAGACACCAACCUGGCGGCACUGGCACAACGGAAGCGACCAGUCUCAGCCCCGAUGGCAGGUCUCCCUAUGGUUCUUCUUCCUGGCCAUAUGCAAGGUGCUCCUACCGCCAGUGCCCCUGGUUCUGGAAGCGUGCCCGCCGCGGAGCAGAGAGCCAAGGCCGAGGAUUGCAAGGAAGAGAAGACAAAGUCAGAGCAAAGCAACAACCCUUCAUCCACUCAGCAGGGUGGCAAGGUCGAUCGUGCUGCUGUACUUGCAGCUGGUGGAGGCCUGGGAUAUCUCGUUUCCUCUCAACUUCGUCGGGUGGACACAGAAGAUAUGCAGCCUGCGAACACCGUGCUUCACCAUCAGAAUGUUGAGCAAAGCCAGCAAGUCAGGCAGCAAGAGGGUACUGCUAAGACUAACUGGCAGCCGGCUACUGUUUUCGGUCAUUCGGGACACUCAUCCUCCCAGCCGAUGCUCCCUGAGCUCGACCUCUCUGAUCUAGAGUUGGAUCUCGAGCCGUCAAGGACCUCGAAGGGCGCAUCACACAACCAACCUAUGCCCAACAACUCCAAAUAUGGCAAGUCUACUCGUGAUAUGGACGAUGAGACAUCUGAUUACGAACACGACGGCGAUGAUUCAGACGAUGAAGAUGACGGUCGGCCCAGCCGCCCCAAUGCUGUGCGCCUCAACACUCAGGAUAAUACUUACUCACCAGCGCGGUGGGAGAAUGAGGAAGUGGAUUAUGAAGGAUCGCAGUAUUAUCGACGAGCUGCGUCUUGGCGAUCUCAUGUAGGAAAAUAA